AUGGAAUUGACGCUGACCAAAAUGUCAGAGAUGACAAAGCUCCACCAAGCUGUGGCCACGGGGAACUACAAUUUAGUGAAAAAGAUUUUGAAGAAAGGUUUCUGUGACCCAAACUACAAGGACGUGGACUGGAAUGACCGAACCCCACUUCACUGGGCUGCGAUCAAAGGGCAUGUGGAGGUCAUGCAGCUCCUUAUAGAAUACGGAGCCAGGCCCUGCCUGGUAACUGAUGUGGGCUGGACGCCAGCUCACUUUGCAGCUGAGUCAGGCCAUCUGAAUGUGCUCAAAAUUCUCCAUGCAUUGCACGCUGCCGUCGACGCCCCUGACUUCUUUGGAGACACACCAAAGAGGAUUGCAGAGAUCUACGGGCAGAAAGCCUGUGUGGCAUUCCUGGAGAAGGCCGAGCCCGAGUGCCGGGACCACCGCCGCAUGGCCAGGCAGAAGGGGCUGCCGCUGGAUCAGCGGGACGAAGACUGGGACGCCAAGAAAAGGGAGCUGGAGCUGUCUCUUCCUUCCUCGAAUCAAAACACUAACAAGAAAAAGAAUAAGAAAAGUCGAGGCCCCACCAGGCUCAGCAAUACCAAAGAGAGAAGAUUUUGAGAAGGCUGGCGCCCGAGGGACUGGAACCUACGU